GUAUAGGAUGUGAUGAUCGAUGACAUCAUUUGAAUGCAAAACAAAAACACAAAUCAAUCGGAUUUGAAGUGUUCGUUGAGUUGUCGUUGAAUUAGUUGUUAAGUUUGGGUCAUAUAGACGUCUAAUCGACUCGCCGUCCAAUCCAUUGAAAGCACACAACUGGUGAAGAAUGUCGACGACAUCGCAGAAACACCAUAACUUCGUGUCGGAACCGAUGGGCGAGAAGCCGGUCACGGAUUUGGCAGGAAUUGGAGAAGUGUUGGGCAAGAGGUUGGAGUCCAAGGGUUUCGACAAAGCUUACGUGGUUUUGGGACAGUUUCUGGUGCUCAAGAAGAAUCAGGAGCUCUUCGUCGAGUGGCUGAAGGACUUGAGCGGUGCGAACGCCAAGCAGGCGAAGGACUGCUGCCAGUGCUUAGGCGAGUGGUGCGACCAGUUCUUGUAGACACACACACCUGGCCCUCGACCACCGCACCCACGCUUCCCAUCACGCACUACUCGUGAUUCAUCUGUUCAUCUCUUUUAUGGCAGUUAUCUCUGAAUUGCUUUUAAUUUUUCACACUUUUUAAUGAAAUAUUUUUCUCUCUUUUUUAAUGCGAUUACUAAUUAUUAUAUUCGUAGCGAAUCUAUGGCUUAACUAUUAAUAAUUGUUUCAUUAUUAUUGGAGUUUCGAGUGAAGAGGUGAUGAAAGUUAUCAC